UGGGUAGUGGUUUCUGCACUGAUGUGGAGUGAUCCUGCGCUAGUGUAACGUGAGGUCACGUGACUGCGGCUGCUGUGCCGUGUGCUCUCGUCUUUGAGCAGCAAACACUCAAGAGUCGUGUACAGCCGCUAAAUGAUCAAAAACCGACGUUUAAACCCCUCAGGCCUGGCAAGAGGUCUAACUAUAAACCAACUUUAAUAUCCUCGCUUCUUCUGUGGGUCAGACCAGUCUACCUAUCCUUAUCAAAUGGAUAAUGGGGACUGGGGGAAUGGCAGGUUGACUCACCCAGUCACCCUAAAUGUUGGAGGUCACCUCUACACGACCUCCAUCUCCACUCUUCAACGUUACCCAGACUCCAUGCUGGGCGCCAUGUUCCGUGGAGACUUCCCCACAACGCGGGACGCUCAGGGAAACUACUUCAUUGACCGGGACGGGACGCUUUUCCGCUACAUAUUAAACUUCCUGCGCACAUCCGAGCUCACUCUUCCUGUUGACUUCAUGGAGAUGGACCUUCUGCGUAAAGAAGCUGACUUCUAUCAGAUCGAGCCUUUAAUCCAAUGCCUCAGUGACCCAAAGCCUCUGUACCCGCUGGACACCUUUGAGCAGGUGGUGGAGUUGUCCAGUACCCGCAAGCUGUCCAAGUACUCCAACCCAGUAGCAGUUAUUAUCACGCAACUAACCAUAACAACCAAGGUCCACUCGCUGCUGGAGGGAAUAUCCAACAACUUCACUAAGUGGAACAAACACAUGAUGGACACCAGAGACUGUCAGGUGUCCUUCACCUUUGGACCAUGUGACCACCAUCAAGAGGUGUCUCUAAGGGUCCACCUCAUGGACUAUAUCACCAAACAGGGAUUCACGAUCCGGAACACACGGGUGCACCACAUGAGCGAGCGUGCCAACGAGAACACAGUGGAGCACCACUGGACUUUCUGUCGGCUAGCAUAUAAAGUAGAAGAUUGACCAAUUUAUGAAUGUGCUACCAAAUGUGGUUGCUGCUGUUUCCAAUUCCUUUUAAUCUUUAGAAAUUCCAUUGUCAGUUGAGACCAACAAAGAGGGGGAAAAAAAAGAAAUUUAAAGGAUCACAUCAUGCAAUGCAGAAUAUUUUGCAAAAGCAUUAAAAUAAUAUGAUACAAAUGCAUUUGCAAUAUAUAUCCAGAUAAUACUCAAGCAUCAUUCAGUAACACCUUGACCACAAAAACAAAAACAAAAAAACAGAUUCACCAGAAAUUGUUUCAGGUAUUCAUUCAUUCCUUCAGAUCAGAAAUCUGUCAAACAUUGUGCACUAUGUGCAACACCGAGAUGUUAGCGUGCAUGUAUUUCAAACAUAUUCUUUAACUAUUAAAUGUCCACAUGCUGUAAAUUGAAA